AUGACCUUGCAUGCGCUGUCGCCACCACUUGCCAAGCCGCUGUGCCGCAAACCGAAUCAACACCAUCUUCCGCCCCUGUUUCUACCGUCCUCGUUGCCCACCACGGAAGCAAUUUCCGCUGUUGGGUGUCGGGCGAUUGCACCCCAACCUAUGUCACUUCCAGACAGGGCGUCGCGCCGAGGUAGUGCCUCCCUACGCAACUGCUGUAGUGUCACGAAAAUGGGGCUCAUGACCGAGACAGAUUUGCAUCAUGCAAGUCGCCGUAGCGAGGUAGAUGUAGUUAGCUAUGCCGUGAAGCACCAACUGCCAAAUUUGGUGAGCGACAUGAUUGGAGACUUGCUGCGUGAACGGCCAGAGGAUGAUGUGGAUGGAUGGAUUUUCCGGUGGUUUAAGAGGGUGUAUGAGCAGCGCCAAGCAGAGUUGCAGCGACUGUUGACGCAACCACGUUUCCAUUCCUUUAGACGACGUGCCGUCAGCGACGAAAUGCAGCAAAAGGGAUGGGGAUUUUUUUUUGACGCAAUCGUCAUUUUUUGCGCCCUUGACACAGAGGCGGUCCGAGACCGCAAUGCUUUCCAGUGGAACGACGCUGGGUAUUGGUGA